AUGGCAGAAUCGACGAGAAGUCUGACUGGGCUCGGAGGAGAAGCAGCGAAAGAAGAAGAAGAGAAUGAUGACUACAUGGGAGACCUAUCUCAGUUUAUUGCACCUGAACUUACACAUACCUCCAAAAGAAAGGAAUCUGAGAAGAAAACUGUAAACGUUGAACCAUCUCGGAAGAAGCUAAAGAAUCUCAACUGGCACGAGAGGCGAAGAUUGGAGAAAGAGAGGAAGCAAAGAGAAGAAGAUGAGCAGACAUUGGCUCGUAUUGAAGACACUCCGAUUGGAGAGUCUAACGUAGGGUUUAAGAUGUUGAAGCAAAUGGGUUACAAGCCAGGCUCAGCUCUUGGUAAAGAAGGGUCAGGUAGAGCUGAGCCGGUGACCAUGGAUAUUCGUAGAUCGAGAGCCGGUGUGGGAAGAGAGGAUCCAGUUAAGGAGAAGAGGAAAAGAGAAGAGAUUGAAGCGGAGAAUGAGAAGAGAAAGGUUGAAGAAAUGUUGGAGGAUUUCGGGUCUAGACAGAAGUCUCAAUGGCGUAAUAAAAGAGUUGUGAUUAACUUUAGGAAAGCCAAGGCGGCUCUUGAUCAACUUGAGAACGUAGAGGAUGUUCCAGAGAAGAAAAAUGAGGAAGACGAGAAUGGCAAACUUGGUGAAGAAGAGGAAGAAGAAGAGGAGGAGAUCACUGAAGAGGAUUUGCAAGAGAUUUUGAUGAAAUUGAGAGAUGAACAUCGGUAUUGUCCUUUUUGCGGUUUCCAGUAUGAAACGAAUGAAGCUCUUCUCUCCAAUUGCCCUGGCGUAAAUGAGGAUGAUCACUAG